GUGGUCUGACAUAUUAAGUGUCAAGCCUGGACACAAAAAAUAAAUAAAAAUACAGAAAAAGCAUAUUUCGAACGGAAAGAUAAUCUAAUUUAAGUGAAUUCUACAAUGGAUAAUCCAACUGAUGAUAAAAAAGAAAUGUCAAUGGAACGUGAGUCUUCGACGGAUACUGCACCAGAAAAGCAAUCAACUUCGACAAAAAUUGACAUACUUCUCAAUGCGACUGGAAAUGUUCCGAUAAUGAAAAAACGUAAAUGGGCUGUAGAGGGCAACAAACCAAUAGGGUCAAUUAUUUCCUUUAUUCAUAAAUACCUGAAAAUGGACGCGGAAGAGAAGUUGUUUUUAUACGUGAAUCAAACAUUCGCACCGGCGCCGGAUCAAAUUAUAAAAAAUUUAUAUGACUGCUAUGGAUCGAAUGGCAAAUUGGUCCUGUAUUACUGCAAGAGUCAAGCCUGGGGCUAAUUUGCGUUACAUUUUAUAUUAUUUUCAGACUCUCAUCUUAAGAUUAAGCUAAUUUAACGCAUUUUUUAUAAUAAAUGUUGUGUUCUUAUUUUAAA